UCCUGCAAAAGAAAAGAACAUUCUACAUUUAUUAUAUAUAAAAAAACCCCAUAAAAACUCGAAACCCUCGAUCGCCCUAUCUCUCUCUCUGCCCUUCCCAAUUUACUUUGAUUUCAAUUACUUUGAUUUCAAUUACUCUGAUUUCCAAUUCCUCUUUGAUUUCUCUUACUUCGAUCUCACAUUUACACAGAAACGGAAUCGCACUCUUUUUUUUUGUUAAAAGAAAAUUAAUUGAUUGAUUGUGGGGUUAGGGUUUUUGAUUGAUUAUUCUGUAUAAUAAUAAUAUGGGAGCUGCUGGCGAUUCGAGCGAGUCAAAAGUGAUUAAUGAACAGCAAGGGCAGGGAGAGGAGGGUGCUGUGGUGAUUAAUAUUCGGUGCUCUAAUGGUACAAAAUUUACUGUGAGGACGAGCUUGGAAUCAACGGUUGGGGUUUUCAAAUCUCUCUUGGCUCAAAAUUGUGAUGUCCCACCUGAUCAGCAGAGGUUGAUUUAUAAAGGUCGGAUUUUGAAGGAUGACCUGGCCCUUCAUAGCUAUGGUCUGCAAGCUGAUCACACCAUUCAUAUGGUUCGUGGUUUUUCCCCUGCUCCAUCAGCUCCUGCUCAUGCUCCUGCUCCUGUCGCUGCUGCUAACCCUGAAAAUCCUGAUACUACAACAGGGGUUACACGGGGUGUUGGUUCCAAUGAAGGUAGGGCCUUUGGACUUGGGGGUGCUGGUAUUGGGGCAUCUUUGUUCCCUGGACUUGGCUCGCUAGGUGGCAGCAGCCCAUCUGCUCUAUUUGGAGAUGGGCUUCCUGAAUUGGAACAAGUACAACAACGGCUGACUCAGAAUCCCGACAUGAUGAGGGAAAUAAUGAAUACACCUGCUAUGCAGAGCCUGAUGAAUAACCCUGAGUUAAUACGGUCCAUGAUGAUGAGCAAUCCUCAGAUGCGUGAGAUUAUGGACCGAAACCCUGAGCUUGCACAUGUUCUUAAUGAUCCAAGCAUUCUUAGACAGACAUUAGAAUCUGCUAGAAACCCUGAGCUCAUGCGUGAGAUGAUGCGACACACUGACAGGGCUAUGAGUAAUAUUGAAUCAACUCCUGAAGGAUUUAACAUGCUCCGGAGAAUGUAUGAAAAUGUUCAAGAACCAUUUUUAAAUGCCACAACAAUGGGUGGAAAUGCUGGCAAUGAUUUGGGUUCAAAUCCAUUUGCAACCCUAUUGGGGAACCAAGGUGGGACUCAAGUCAGGGACGCUUCAAACAACCCUUCAGCCACUGGUUCUGAAACAACCACAGGGCUUGCUGCUCCUAAUACAAACCCUCUGCCCAACCCUUGGAACAAUGCUGCUGGAGGAACCCAGACAAACUCUACUGCGAGGCCAAAUCCUGCUGGGAGGGCAUCAGGUCUUGGUGGUUUGGGUCUGGGAGGGCUUGGUCUCCCAGGAAUGGACAAUUUGUUCAAUAGCAUGCCUGAUUCGAAUCAAAUGACUCAAUUGUUGCAAAAUCCAGCUGUAUCACAGAUGAUGCAAAGCCUACUCUCCAAUCCUGAAUAUAUGAACCAGAUGCUCAACUUUAAUCCCCAACUACGUGGCAUGGUUGAUUCAAAUCCUCAGUUGAGAGAGAUGAUGCAAAAUCCUGAGCUUCUUCGCCAAUUAACUUCUCCUGAAACAAUGCAGCAAAUGCUAGCUUUACAACAGUCCCUUCUUCCGCAGCUCCGACAGCAGGCUACUCAGGAAUCAGCACAGCCUGGCGCCCCUACAGGAACACCUAAUAAUGCUGGGCUGGACAUGUUGAUGAACAUGUUUGGUGGUCUUGGAGCAGGCAGCUUAUUAGUACCUAACCAACCCGAUGUACCCCCAGAAGAACUUUAUGCAACUCAACUAUCACAACUACAAGAAAUGGGUUUCUUUGAUACCCAAGAGAAUAUCAGGGCAUUGCGGGCUACAGCUGGAAAUGUACACGCUGCAGUAGAGCGACUUCUGGGGAAUCUUGGCCAAUGAGUUGUUUUUGAAAGCAAAACCUUGGAAAUGAAAGAAGGGAUCUUUCUGAGCAAGGGUUCGUGUUUUUCCAUGUUUAAGUCUCUGAAAAUGUCUAUAGCAGAAUUGCCGCUGCUAGGACACAAAAGUAGAAAAAACAUAAAAAAAAUGUACAAAUUGGUAUUCUUUCAUAUGGCAACUGCAUUUGAUCCUCCUUUUCUUCUCUUCCCUCUUCUUCAGUUUCUUCGAAACCUCCUUUCUCUAUGUAGAAAAUUUUAUUAAUGAUCGACAGUGGAUGUAUUUUACAGCUCAAA